AUGAGACUUAAUGAGAAGGAAACUGAACAAAAGAAAAACCCGACCAAAUCCACUGGAGACGGUCUAUCUAUCUAUGUAUCUAUCUUAUUUUGUUCAUAUCUAUCUAUCUAUCUCAUUCUUUUCAUUUUCUUUCUUUCUUUCUUUCUUUCUUUCUUUCUUUCUUUCUUUCUUUCUUUCUUUCUUUCUUUCUUUCUUUCUUUCUUUCUUUCUUUCUUUCUUUCUUUUACCUUGGUUUUUACCUUGAUUUUUAUAUUGAUUGGACUGCCGAGUGGAUUUCUUUCUUUCUUUCUUUCUACCUUGGCUUUUAUACUAUUGCCAAGUGGUUUUCUUUCUUUCUUUCUUUCUUUGCUUCUUUCUUUCAAUCUUUCUUUCUUUCUUUCUUUCUACCUUGCCUUUUAUACUGAUUGGACUGCCAAAUGGAUUUAUUUGUUUAUUUUCUUCCUUCCUUCCUUCCUUCCAUCCUUCUUUCUUUCAUUCUUUCUUUCUUUCUUUCUUUUCUUCCUUCUUUCUUUUUGCCCUUAUUCAUUUUCCUCUCUCUGUCUUUCUAAGCCUAACACCGUGGACUUUUCUGUUUUUCACAACACUCAUUUUCGCAAGUACUUGUCUCAUUUCCCUGACGUGGUCUUUCUUCUUUUAUUCACAAUAUUCUCUCUCCCUUUAACAACCUUUCUUUAA